AUGGCUGAAGAGGGUCGGGCCUUGUUCGAGUACAGCCGCCGUGGCAAACUGGAAGAUGUCCGGGAGGAGCUUGCAAGAGGAGAGUCCCCCGACUCGUAUUUCAGUUACGACGGCAGCACCGCACUUCUGGUUGCUGCCCGUGGCGGUCACGUCGGAGUUGUCGCUGCGCUUUUGGAGGCGAGAGCGGACCUGACUGUACGCUCCGAAGACGGCAGUGACGCCUUGUUGCAUGCAGCCAGCGGUGGGAGCAGUGACGUCAUCCAAACACUUCUUGCUUCUUUGGCCGACCCUCGGACCGUGAACGAGGAUGAGGUGUCCCCUCUCAUUCUAGCCGCCCACUACGGCCACAGCGCGGCCAUGAAAGUAUUGCUGCAGGCGCAGGCAGACCCCAAUUACGUUGCUCCGGGCUGGGGUUCAGCUUUGGACUCUGCUCGGGGACAGUGUGUGACCUUGUUGCUGCAGCACGGAGCAUGCCGUCAGGACGCGCCGGCCCAGGCCUCAUCCCGGCCCAAAGCGGGUGAGCACUUCAUGUACAACUGCUUGGAUGACGAUCCCAAUCAAGCAGAGGCCGCUCUUCGACAGUUUGCCAGGCGUGAGAGCGACAACAGCACCGAGCCUGCUGGCAUGUGCAGGCGUCAUCAGUGGCUGGAGCUAUCCAGAACCUCCAGCCGCUUCUCGAAGCACCAACUUGAGAGCUUGUUGCAGUUCCAUCGAAUCAACCCGCUGGCUCAGGCCGUCCUGUUGGACCUUGCCUCCCAGCUUCCGCUGAAGCAGCUGCGCGAGAUGUCAAGUCUCUUCGAGUCCAUGGACAAAGACGGGAAUGGCAUGCUCGAUCAGGCGGAGUUGGCCGAGGGCCUGCGGCUGGGAGGAUUGGCACCCACAGCAGCAGCAGACACGGCCGAGCGCUUGGCCAAGGGUGCAGGCGGUCGUGUCGAGUUCUCGCGUUUCGUGGCUGCGCUCGCGCCGUCCUGCCAGGAGCUCAUAGACGACGAGCACCUGCGCAGCAGCUUCAAUCGCUUAGACGCCAACGGCGAUGGCUAUGUGAGUCGGUGUGAGCUCCAGCGGCUCUUGGAGCGAGGAUCCAAGGCGUCCUCCACGCCAGAGGACAAGGUCGAUGCCAAUCGGCGCGAGAAGGCCGCGCGGUCUGCACAGAAGGCUUUCGACGCAAUUAGCGGAGAAGGGCGGCAACGCGUCUCCUUUGAGUCCUUCCGGAGACAUCUUGGAAGCUUUGUGGCCUGA